AUGGAAUGAAAAGAAAAACCACAGAAAGAGACGAUAGAGAGCGUCGUAUUAUCUCUUGUGUUUAUGAGUAAAUGAUACGCGUUUAAUUCGAUCAAACAUGAAUGAGGAGAAGUAUCCGCGAUCAUCCAUUGAGGAUGAUUUUAAUUAUGGCACGAACGUCGCGACGGCGAGUGUCCACAUCCGGAUGGAUUUCCUCCGCAAGGUCUACACCAUCCUGUCAUUGCAGAUUAUCGUCACCACUGCUGUGUCUGCCCUUUUCAUGCUCUGUAACCCCAUUAAAAACUUUGUGCACGAAAGUCCCGUGCUGGUGUUGAUAUCUGCUAUCGGGUCCCUUAUCCUUCUCCUUGCCUUGGCUGUGUACCGUCACCAGCACCCCAUCAAUCUUUACUUGCUGUUUGGAUUUACUCUGUUGGAAUCUCUGUCUGUAGCCACUGCGGUGUCAUUUUAUGAGUACACCAUAGUGCUCCAGGCCUUUGUGCUCACGUCUGCUGUGUUCCUGGGUCUCACUGCCUACACUUUCCAGUCUAAAAGAGACUUCAGCAAACUCGGAGCCAGUCUGUUUGCUGGCCUGUGGAUCUUGAUCAUUGCAAGCUUUAUGAGGCUUUUCUUCUACAAUGACACGAUGGAGUUGGUCUUCGCUGGGGCUGGAGCUCUGCUGUUCUGCGGGUUCAUUAUUUUCGAUACUCACUUGCUGAUGCAUAAGCUGUCACCGGAGGAGCACGUCCUGGCAUCCAUCAACCUGUACCUGGACAUAGUCAACCUGUUCAUCUACAUCCUGCGCAUCCUCGACUCCAUGAAGAAACACUGAAUGUUAGAUGCUCCUCUUCACUUUCUGAAGUGAAUUCUGGGUGUAAUGCUGGGAGUGGUAUUAAAAUAAUAUUCUUUCAUUUAAUAGAUUCCAUGUAUAAUAAAUAAUGUUGUAACUAAUCAAAUAAUAAUAAAGAUCUGCACACAAAAAAUGUAUACAACAAUCUAAAAUAUUUAUUUGAAUAAAAGUCUUCAAAAAAUCA